UUAUCUAGUCUUAUCCUUUUUUAUGGAGUACAUUUUUGUGAUUAUUACAGUUGUAUUAUCCAUGUUUUUGUUAAGGGGUUAAAGAUUUUGAAGGUUUUGUUCUUUUUUUUCCUCUUAAGUUUGCUAUUUCAAGAUUUGGUUAAUUGGCUAGUUCAGAUGCAUAUGCACAAAUAGAGAGACCAUGAUUAUGUUCAUUUUUUCUUGAAAAUAUGAUCAAAAUGACCAAUACCAGACAUUCUGAUGUAUGUUUAUGUUUGCAGUAUAUUGGCAAGAAAUGUACAUCCUGAUAAAGAUCAUGGAGAUCCUGAGGCAGCAGCCAAAGAUUUCAAUGCACUGGGAGAGGCUUAUCAGAUACUAAGCAACCCUGUGCAACGAGAAGCAUAUGAUAGAUGUGGGAAAGAUGGAGUAAUGAAGGACUCGAUGGUUGAGCCUACAGUUCUAUUUGGGAUGAUGUUUGGAAAUGAGAUGUUUGAGAAUCAUGUCGGGCAGCUUAGAUUGCUUUCUUUGACGCCUGCUGAAUUUGAUCCAGAUGAACCCCCCGAGGUUCAAAAACCCAAACUCGAGAAGAUAAUGAAGACAAUGCAAGAGGAGAGGGAAGAGAAGCUCGUAAAGCUUCUGAUAGAUCGUCUCGAGCCAUACAUCAAAGGCGAAAGAGAUGCUUUUGUUGAAACAGCAAAAUUGGAGUCCAAACGUCUCUGUCAAGCCGCUUUUGGCAAGGUGCUGUUGCAUACCAUUGGAUACAUAUACAGAAGGCAAGCUGCACGACAAAUCGGGAAGGGGAAGCGCUACAUGAAAGUCCCAUUUCUAGCAGAAUGGGUGAGGGAUAAACAACACACGAGAAACACGCAGUCUGCAGCAGCUCAAGCUGCUAUCGCCUACAUCCAUCUACGCGAGGAAUGGAAAAAGUGCAAUGAGGAGCAGGUCAAGAACGAGAAGAAGCUGAAAACAGCAGAAAACAUCAAGGACGCUAUCUUUGUUUCCUUCUGGCAAAUGAACGUGGUGGAUAUUGAGACGACCUUAUCUCACGUAAGCCAAGCAGUUCUCAGAGAUAACAGUGCUUCCAAGGAUGUUCUGAGAAAACGGGCUCGUGCACUGAAAACGCUCGGUAAAAUUUUCCAAGAGGAAGUGCUUUUCUCUGGUAUAUAGUGUAGAAAGGCAAGAAAAUGUGACAGAUGUAUUAAAGAUCUGUUGGGAUGCAGAGUGUUGUUAUAUACUAUGUAUAUGUGAAAUUAAUUGAAUUUCCUAGCAACUAUAUAGACAGGGAUAAAAUAGUCAUAUUCUGGCAUAGUUCUAUGCAUGUACAAGUGUUCUUUGAAUUGCAAUGCAAUUUUCUCUCGCUUGAUUCACAA